CCUGGGCCACCUGCAGCUAUAUCAGUAGGAAAGCGCUGCAGAAGUUGAAGCUGGGACUUAAAGUCCAGAAACUAACAGACCCCAUAGUUAGUAUCCUCGUAGACAAUCGUACUAUGGUCGUCAAGGAUUACGUAGAGGGAGUCCAGGCGUAUUUCCGCCUACAGAAGGAUGGGAAAGUGGAGAAGGUCCUCCACUCCCUGACUCUCCUCGUAGAAGACACCCUCCCAUUCAAUAUCGUUCUGGGAAUGGAUUGGGGAGAGGCAGCUGGGGCCACACUCCAUUUGAAGGAGCACGAGUGUAGGCUCCCUAGCCCUUCAUGCGAGGCUAAGACUGCCCGCCUGUUCCAUGUGUCCGGAGUAGAGAAUCCCUUGGCACAUUGCUGCCUUAGUGCACCUGCAUUCGCGAGGCUCGUGAAGACGGAGCACCUAGAAGAACAGGUUUUUGUAGCCUAUGUAAGGCCAGUAACCGAGCCUAAGGGAGAGAAGCCUAUAGACCCUACGAUUGCCAAGCUGCUGGAGGAGUUCAAGGACCUAGCUGAGCCGCUGACAGGAGUAGUACCGCGGCCUAUCCAGCACCGCAUUGAGAUUGAGCCUGGCAGUAGGACUCCCAAAGGAGCCGUGUAUAGGAUGUCCCCGUGGGAGUUAGAGGAGCUUCGUAAGCAAUUGGACGAGCUCCUGGAGAAGGGUUGGAUUAGGCCCAGUUCGUCUCCUUUUGGAGCGCCUGUUCUCUUUGUUCCCAAGAAAGAGGGAGAGUUGAGGAUGUGUAUAGACUAUAGGGGUCUGAAUGCUGUUACAGUGAGGAAUGUUGAGCCACUGCCUAGGAUAGAUGAUCUUUUAGAUCGAGUGCAGGGGGCAAAGUACUUCUCCAAGAUAGAUUUGAAGUCCGAAUACCAUCAGAUAGAGGUGCAUCCUGAUGAUCAGUAUAAGACAGCUUUCCGGACUAGAUUGCUGAGAAAGGAAACCAUCUGGAAGUGGGACAAGGACUGCACGUCUGCUAUGAAAAAACUGAAGCAGGCACUAAUAGAAUAUCCAGUCCUUAAGGUAGCCGGUCCGUCCUUGCCCUUUGUCGUCACUACGGAUGCUAGCCAGUACGGCAUAGGUGCGGUAUUGCAGCAAGACGAUGGCAAUGGUUAUAGACCCGUAGAGUUCAUGUCCGCUAGGAUGCCUUCAAAGAAGGUUGCGACAUCUACCUAUGAGAGGGAACUCUACACUCUCAGGCAGGCAUUAGAACACUGCAAGCAUUACUUGCUUGGGAGGCACUUCAAAGUCUACUCUGACCACGAGACAUUGCGAUGGUUAAAGACGCAAGCCAAGAUGACACCUAAGCUUACUAGGUGGGCCGCAGAGAUAGACCAGUACGACUUCGAGCUCAAGCCAGUCAAAGGGAAGUAUAACGUAGUUGCGGACGCACUGAGUAGAAGAGCUGAUUACUUUGGGGCCAUAGUCCAUUACCUAGAUAUAGGAUCAGACCUACAACAGAAAGUUAAAGAGGCGUACGCAUAGGACCCCAUCUAUAGUGAGCUCCUUAAGAGAGUUAAGGAAGCCCCAGAGUCUGAGCCAUACUACCGCACUACUGAUGGGUUGUUGUUUGAGAAGACUAAUGUAGCAGACCGUUUGUGCGUCCCCAACAGUGAGGAGAUCCAGAGUCUGAUCUUGGGGGAAUGUCACGACAUCGAAGGACACUUUGGUUGGCAAAAGACCUUAGCCAACCUGAUGCACGCGUACACCUGGCCAGGAAUGAAAAAUGACUGCAUAG